AGCAUUGAAACGAGCGCCGGAAUGGCGACCAAUCUGAGACCUCUCAAUGCCCAGCUGGCAGCUCUGGCCAAGAGCGAGUGCAAUGAGGAGCAGGCACAACGCUCGGAGAUUAUAGCCACUAUACAGACAUGGAUCACUAAGUCGCCACAUCUCAAGGCACCCACCAAUGAGCAGCUGAUCCUGGCCUUCCUGCGGCGCUGCCGUUUUAGCCAGGAGGAGACCAAAAGGCGUUUUGACAACUACUACUCCCUGCGCAGUGUUUUUCCAGAGGUUCUGGGUUCUCGGCAGGUGGACGAGGCUCUGCUCACCCAGCUUCAAAGAGGGAUCCAUGUGAUACCCAUUCGUCCGGUGAGUCCCGAAGGACCAAGGGUUAUCAUUUCGCAGUUCCGAAACAUCGAUCCCAAGAAGUCGAAUCCCCGAGAGGCCUUCAAACUGGUCUUCAUUAUGCUGGAACUACUCGCUCUGGAGUGUGAUAAUGCCUCGAUUUCCGGUUUGGUUUGGGUGGUGGAUGCCCGGGAUGUCACCAUGGAGCAGAUGCUGCAGUAUGAUCCUUUUCUGCUAAAAAAAGCUUUUGCCCUGGUGGAUCAGUGUAUGCCAUUGCGAUUUGUGGAGAUUCAUAUGAUAAAUAUGCGAAAGGAGGGUCAAACUAUUUUCAAUUUUGUAACUAAGUUUUUGCCCUCUAAACUGCCAUUUAAGUUCGUGGUGCACAAGAAGUCGGAGGAUCUGUACCAGCACCUUCCGAGAGAUGCAAUGACCAUUGAGUACGGCGGCACCAAUGGCUACCAGGCGGAGGCAGUCGAUCAUUGGCGGCAGAAACUGAUGGAUAGCAAAGAUUACUUAGCUAAGGAUGCCCAGAAUGGAACCAAUGAGAAACUUCGCAUCGGAUUGGCCAGUGCCUGGGCGAAUGGUGAACUGGACGGAAUGAGCGGCUCCUUCCGCAAACUGGAACUGGACUAAGUUAAAGCCACUUUUUGUUUUCAAUUAUCGUUUUAAUUAAGUGCUAAAACUAUACAAAUAAUUUAAGGCCUAUUCCGGGUCACUGGGUAUCUCGUGUAUCCUCUUUAAAAA